AUUGGUAUAGACCCUUUUUCCAUACCUCCCAUAUACACACCCCUUUGUGGCAUUUAUUUAUUAUUAAAAAAAUUGAGUGCACUCUAUACCCAUAUGCAGUGAGACAUUAUCUCUUAUCUUCUUUCUCAAAAUUUCAAACCCAUCUCUUUUCAUGUGCAUUAUUAGCGGCGCCCUACAGAUUUCUCCUUCCAAUUGUCUAUGCCUCGCCACCCAUCGUCGCCAUUUUGGGUUGUUGUUCAUAAAACCAUAACUCACUGCAAUUCUUUUUUCAAGUACCCAGAUUGUUCAACACACAUCUAUGUGAUAGAGUUUUUGUUCAAGAACCCAUAUUGUUUCUAGCCCUGGAUAAUUUUUUUACAUGCUGCUUCAAUUAAUUUUCUCUGGCUUUAUGGGUUUCUUUGCCAACCCUAAUUAUUUUAAGUUCAAUUUAUUGUCUAAAUUGAUGGAGGCAGUUUGGAGGAGUUGUGAUUGGGGAUAAGUAUGUAUCAGCACUCAAAAUAAAAAGACCCAUUAACACUAACACAUCUACCUCCUCCCUCCCCAACAAAUCAAAACACACCAACUAGAAACCCAUCAAAUCAACACAACCCAGAAAUCACAACGCAAUUACCUCUUGCACUAUGCGUGUUCAUAUUCGUCCUUUUUCACCCAAAUCGAAAACCAAUUUUUUAUUCUCAAUUUAACACAACCCAUAAAAGCACAACACCACCCUUUAUAUCAAUUGAUUUCAUUUAUCGCUCAUUAACGGACUUAUACACGUGACAUCUGAGGUGCCACGUGGGUGUUGACUGGUCAAAAUUGGCCACUACCAAAAGGGGUAAAGUUAGGGUAGGGGUUGGAUUGUUGUUUUUUUUAUAGGGGCAAAAUCGUUAUUUUAACAAAGUUAGGAGACAGUGUUUUUUUUUUGGUUACCAAAAAAAAAAAAAGAGGUGUGUCCUUCAUCGCUCCCUUCUACACCAAGGUUGAAAUGGCGACGUUUCACGGACACAAGCAGAGUUACGUGACGGAGUUUCGAAACUACGAAGACGGCGCUUGGUACACUGUCACUGUUACGCUGCAAGAAAAGGAAACACUCCGAGUUGGUUACGAAGAAUUCACAGAUGGAGACGAUAAUUUGUUCGAACAGUCGUCUUUUGAUUCGUUGGAAAAGCUUCAUGAGUUUGAGAAACGAUUCCGGCCUCUUUCCAUUCAAGCUCAGGAUCACGAGUGUCAUAAGCUCGUUCACGGUGUUAGGGUUUGCGCCUCGCUGCAUUUCAACUCUGAUGAUCUUCGAUUCUAUGAUGCUGUUGUUGAUAGGGUGGAAGAACACAAUCAUUCUCGGACAAAAGACGCAGAGUGCUUGUGUACCUUUAUCCUGUCCUGGUUACAAGGGCCAAAUGAGGGGAAGUUGUCUGCAGCAGGAAUUGGUGACAUUUGCAUUGUGCAGCCGAUAAGCGAGCCCGUUCCAGCUGUGGCUUCGUUCUUGGAGAUUACAAGGAGGAGAAUAGAAUCGAAAUCUGGACAAGAAUUGGUGGCAGACUGCCACACAGGAACAAAAACUAAGACCAAAAUGGGAUUUUUUGAAAGAAUGGAAAAGGGAAAACAACGCGCCAAACGAUCUGUGUUGGGUUCCUCUUCUCCUGAAGUCUGCGUUGUAGAAAGCAUGGAAGAUAAAGAGUUGGAAGGAAAAAGAAAUGUGUGUAUGAUAUUGAUCGGGAAUGUCGAUAAAGAAUUAUGCCCAUCAACAGCUGUGGAGUUCUUAUACAAACAUACCCAAGUCUCAGCAAGUAUCUUCAUUUUUCCAAGUUUAUCGUUCGAGAUAUAUACUAGGGGUGCCAUUAUGACGCAUACUGAACAAGAUUUCCAAAAGCUUUGUGACUUUUUGACAGAUCAAAACUACAUCAUCACAUCUUUGACUGGCAGGCCAUGGGUGGUAAUUGAAAAACAAGUGGGUCUCAAAAAUGUCAAAGCAUCAAUAGGAACAUUAUUUCCUAAAUCUGAGAAUGCAACACAGGAAGGAAAGAAUAAAACAAGCAACACUUUGAGGAUUGUAAAUUCAGGAACUCAAGAAUUCAAGAUAGCGAGUGAUAAGAGGGAUUUGUUUACAGAAUUUGCAGAUCAUCAAGUGCGACUGCACAAGAAGCUUGCAUUUCUGGAGGGAAGUGUAUCUGAAAUCUGAAACUAGUUCUUUCAAUGAGUUUGUUUAAUAGUUAUAGACUAGUAAAGAACAGUGGCAGAUCUUGAGUUAAUUUGUUGAGGAUGCCAUACUUUGGAAUAUAUAUUAACUGGUUUCAAGUAUUAUCAAUAAUUAAUAGCUGGACAAGUGGUAUAAAAUGUUUUAAAGGAGCAAGAUGAAGUCGGUUUGAAUCCCCUCGAAACGUUUUUUUUUUUUUUUUAAAUACAAUAUGCAACAAUAGAAGAUUAAACAAGUAAAAAAAAGAUGACAAAAGUGUAAUCCGUAUUAUUAUAACCUUAAUUUCAGCCAAGGACUGCAGAGUUGUUAAGGUGCAUGCAUAAAUUCUUUGCAUAAAUUUUAUAUUACAGCAAAACAUUUUGUUUGUUCAGAAUGCAACACAGGAAGGAAAGAAUAAAACAAGCAACACUUUGAGGAUUGUAAAUUCAGGAACUCAAGAAUUCAAGAUAGCGAGUGAUAAGAGGGAUUUGUUUACAGAAUUUGCAGAUCAUCAAGUGCGACUGCACAAGAAGCUUGCAUUUCUGGAGGGAAGUGUAUCUGAAAUCUGAAACUAGUUCUUUCAAUGAGUUUGUUUAAUAGUUAUAGACUAGUAAAGAACAGUGGCAGAUCUUGAGUUAAUUUGUUGAGGAUGCCAUACUUUGGAAUAUAUAUUAACUGGUUUCAAGUAUUAUCAAUAAUUAAUAGCUGGACAAGUGGUAUAAAAUGUUUUAAAGGAGCAAGAUGAAGUCGGUUUGAAUC